GGUGUGGGAAAGUACACACAGCAGCAGCGUCGCGGUGCUGCAGCGACCUGAAAACAGGACACACUUCUACCGUGGACGGCUCAUGACACUCUCAUAGAAACCCGAACCUGUUACAGUCAUGGAGAAACCUCCGUUCAAGCAGAACCACAGCUGCGGGGACUGGGAGCUGAAGGAGCGGCUGGGGAUGGGAGGCUUCGCCCAUGUUUACCUCUACCAGCACCGGGAAACUCUUGAAAAACUUGCGGUGAAAAUGUGCCGCCUGGAGCUCACACCAAGAAACAAGGACAGAUGGAGCAAAGAAAUACAGAUCAUGAAAAAGCUGGAUCAUAUUAACGUUGUGACGGCUCAGGACGUCCCGGAGGAAAUCCAACACAACGCCUUAAACGAUCUUCCACUGCUGGCCAUGGAGUACUGCUCCAGAGGGGACCUGAGAAAUGUUCUGAGCAGGCCUGAAAACUGCUGCGGUCUGAAAGAGAGCGAAGUGCUUUUGUUACUCAACGAUGUUGGAUCUGGCAUCCAGUAUCUGCAUGAAAACAAGAUCAUCCACAGAGACCUGAAGCCUGAGAACAUUGUGCUCCAGGACUGCAACGGAAAGCUGGUUCACAAAAUCAUCGACUUGGGUUAUGCCAAAGACCUGGACCAGGGCAGUCUGUGUACCUCCUUCGUCGGAACCCUUCAGUACCUGGCGCCUGAGCUGUUUGAGAACAAGGCGUACAGCGUUACCGUGGACUACUGGAGCUUCGGCACCAUGAUCUUUGAGUGCAGCUGCGGCUUCCGCCCGUUCCUGCACAACCUGCAGCCCGUGCAGUGGGCCAGCAAAGUGAAGCAUAAAGGUCCAAAAGACAUCAUGGCUGUAGAGGAACCGAACGGGGAAGUUCGCUUCUCCAAACAUCUCCCGUACCCGAACAAUCUCAGCAGGACUCUUUUGGAGCCGAUGGAGGCCCUCCUUCAGCUGGUGCUGAAGUGGAUUCCACAGCAGAGAGGAGGAGCAAUAAACCCUCAAACCAAGAAACCACAGUGCUUUGACCUAAUUGACGAGAUCCUCACCAUGAAGGUCGUCCACAUCCUGAACAUGACCACCGCUCAGGUCCACUCCUUCAAGCUGACUCCAGACGAGAGUCUCCACAGUCUGCAGAUGCGAAUCGAGGCUGAAACCAAGAUCGAGGUGGUGAACCAGGAGCUGCUGCAGGAGACGGGGGUGUCUCUGGACCCCAGGAAGCCCGCUGCACAGUGCGUCCUGGAUGGAGUGAGAGGCUGGGACAGCUACAUCGUCUACCUGUUCGAUAAGAGCAUCACCAACUACUCCGGUCCUCUGAAUGCCAGACGGCUGCCUGAGAAAGUCAACAGUAUUGUACAAGAUUCGAAAACGCCGCUGCCUCUGAUUCUGUUGAAGAAGGUGUGGGGCGAAGCUGUGAGCUACAUCUGCGGCCUGAAAGACGACUACAGCAGGCUCUUCCAGGGCCAGAGAGCCGCCAUGUUGAGUCUCCUGCGCUACAACACCAACCUGACCAGGUACAAGAACAACAUGUUCGGCUUCUCCCAGCAGCUCAAAGCCAAGCUGGACUUCUUCAAGAGCAGCAUCCAGUACGACCUGGAAAAGUACAGCGACCAGAUGCAUUAUGGGAUAUCGUCUGAGAAGAUGCUGAAAGCGUGGCAGGAGAAUGAAGAACGAGCUGCUGCCUUUGCACAGGUGGCAGAGGUGAGCCAUUUGGAUGAUGAGAUCAUGGCUCUGCACUCUGAGAUCGUGGAGCUUCAGAGGAGCCCCUACGCCCGGCGCCAAGGAGACAAGAUGGAGCAGCUAGAAGAAAAAGCAAUUGAGCUCUACAAGCAGCUGAAGAUGAAAUGCAAAGUACCCGACUCGGAUGGGACCAGCGACAGCUCCGAGAUGGUGAAGGCCAUCGUCCUGACCGUCCAGAACCAGGACAAGGUCCUCAAAGAUCUGUACACCCACCUCAGUAAGAUCCUGAUCAGCAAACAGAAGAUUAUCGACUUGUUUCCAAAAAUCGAGAAGACCCUGGAGAGCAUCAAAGACGCCGACAACACGGUGAUGCAGAUGCAGAUCAAGAGGCAGAAGGAGUUCUGGCAUUUACUCAAGAUCGCUUGUGCCCAGAACUCGUCCCGGAGCUCGAUGGCGGCGAGUCCGGAGUCCAACCUGCUGCAGGUCUCUCACUGGUCGCAGUCGGCGCAGCCCGUCAGCUCCCCCCAUCCCCUGACCUCCUUACCUGGGCCCAACGACAGUGACGCGGCUCCUCGGCUGCUGCAGGAGAACCAGAGGUACCUCAGUCAGCUGACCAGCCUGAUGCAGGAGACGGCCGACGAGCAGGCCAAGAGCGUCGUGGACCAAGACUGGAGCUGGACCAAAUACGAAACUUUAACGACAAAACUAAAAAAGCGAAACGCCUAA